AUCCUCUUCAUCCACAUGGUGAUCAACGAUGCCAUCCAGCUGACUGUCACCAUCAUGCUUUUCAUCCUCAGCUACAUCUUCUACAAGAUUAACGUCGCCUUCUGCUGCUUCUUCAUCCUGGUGGCAGUCUUCACCACCAGAAACACCCCUGUCAACUUAGCUGCCAUGGCCAUCGAGCGCUACAUAGCCAUAUGCGAACCUCUGCGGUAUACCCAAAUCUGCACCGUGAGGAGGACCUACAUCGUCAUCGGGAUGAUUUGGUUUAUCUGUGUGGCUCCUGAUAUUACAGAUCUGUUUGUAACACUUGCAACCGAGUCUCUGAGCUUCUUUCAUGAGUCGGUGUUCUGCUUGCGCCAGAAUGUGUUCAAAGACCCGAUCCUGGCGUACAAAAGGCAAGCCGUUGAUAUCAUCUACUUCUCCUGUGUGUUUCUGAUUCUGGUCGUCACCUACUUGAGGAUCCUGUUUGCAGCCAGAGCCCUCUCCACAGAUAAGACAUCAGCCCAGAAAGCCAGGAACACCAUCCUCCUCCACGGGGCCCAGCUGGCUAUGUGCAUGCUCUCCUACGUCUCUCCUAGCGUGGAGGUGGUCCUGCACAUCAUCUUCCCAGGUCGGAUCCUCGAAAUCAGAUUUGCAAACUACCUGAUCGUCUACAUCCUGCCCCGUUUUCUGAGUCCAAUCAUCUACGGUGUCAGAGACAAGAAGUUCAGGGAGUACCUCAGGAUGUACUUUCUGAGCAACAGAUGCAGAAACAAAGAGAAGAAAGUAACGCCCGAGGACAAAGACCACUUAUAGAGACUUGUAUAGUGCUUGAA